CGGCCCCUGAUAGGAGAACACCCGGCGGCGGCCCGCGGCCUGUCAGUGUCACCCAGGACAACAUGGCGGCUGUGAGGAGCAUCGGAGCGCUGGCCGGGCUGGGCGGGAAGACAGGUUUCACUGUCAGAUCUUUGUCCAUGUCUUCCGCCCUGCUGUCACGGACGCACGUAAACUACGAAGUCAAAAAAGAUGUCGCCGUUGUCCGCUUCAACACCCCAAAUUCCAAGGUGAACACGUUGUCCCGGCAGCUCCAGAGCGAGUUUAGCGACGUGAUGAACGAGAUCUGGGCCAACGAUGCCGUGAGAAGCGCCGUCCUCAUCUCCGCCAAACCCGGCACCUUCAUUGCCGGGGCCGACAUCAACAUGAUCGAGUCGUGUAAGACGUCGCAGGAAGUCUCUCAGCUGUCUCAGGCCGGGCAGAAGAUGUUCGAGAAGCUUGAAAAGUCCCCAAAACCCAUUGUGGCGGCCAUCAAUGGCUCCUGCCUGGGAGGAGGGCUGGAGGUGGCCAUCGCCUGCCAGUAUCGUGUGGCUACAAAAGACAAGAAGACGGUCCUGGGGACCCCUGAGGUUCUGCUGGGCCUGCUGCCCGGGGCCGGGGGCACUCAGAGGCUCCCUAAGAUGCUGGGGCUUCCCACUUCCUUCGACAUGAUGCUGACCGGCAGGAACAUUCGUGCCGACAAAGCUAAGAAGAUGGGGCUAGUGGACCAGCUCGUCGACCCCCUGGGACCCGGCCUGAAGAGUCCCGAGGAGCGCACCAUGGAGUACCUGGAGGAGGUGGCCGUGGACUACGCCAGAGGGAUCGCCGACAAGAAAAUCUCCCUGAAGAAGCAAAAGGGGCUGAUGGCAAAGGUCACAGACUACGUCAUGUCCGUCCCAUUCGUCAGGCAGCAAAUCUACAAUAUGGUAGAGAAGAAAGUGAGGAAACAGACAAAGGGCUUGUAUCCGGCCCCCCUGAAAAUCAUCGAGGUGGUGAAGACCGGGGUGGAGCAGGGCUCAGAGGCCGGGUACCUGGCAGAGUCUCAGCGGUUUGGUGACCUGGCCAUGACCAGCGAGUCCAGAGCGCUCAUCGGCCUCUACCACGGCCAGGUCCAGUGCAAGAAGAACAAGUUUGGGACUCCGCAGAAAGAAGUCAAGACCCUGGCUAUCCUCGGCGCGGGCCUGAUGGGGGCCGGUAUCGCACAGGUCUCCGUGGAUAAAGUGAAGACUAUUUUGAAGGACACGACGGUGGAAGGUCUGGGCCGGGGGCAGCAGCAGGUGUUCAAAGGCCUCAAUGACAAGGUGAAGAAGAGGAGCGUCACCUCGUUUGAGCGGGACAGCAUCAUGAGUAACCUGACGGGGCAGCUGGAUUACCGGGGGUUUGAGAGCGCGGACAUGGUGAUAGAGGCCGUGUUCGAGGACAUCAAGAUCAAACACAAAGUCCUACAGGAGGUGGAAGCUGUCACGUCCCCGCACUGUAUAUUCGCCAGUAACACGUCUGCCCUCCCGAUCUCUCAGAUUGCUGCUGUCAGUAAGAGACCAGACAAGGUCAUAGGAAUGCACUACUUCUCUCCUGUGGAUAAGAUGCAGCUGUUGGAAAUCAUCACCACGGAUAAGACGUCUCCGGACACGGCCGCCUCAGCAGUAGCUGUGGGGCUCAAGCAGGGAAAGGUCAUCAUUGUGGUCAAAGAUGGGCCAGGAUUUUACACCACCAGGUGCUUGGCUCCUAUGAUGGCAGAGGUUAUGCGUGUCCUGCAGGAAGGCGUAACCCCCAAGAAGCUGGAUGCCCUCACCACUGGCUUUGGUUUCCCAGUGGGCGCCUCCACUCUGGCUGAUGAGGUGGGCAUUGAUGUGGCUGCCCAUGUGGCAGAAGACCUGGGCAAGGCUUUCGGAGAGAGGUUUGGAGGAGGCAACGUUGAGCUUCUGAAAGCCAUGGUGCAGAAGGGGUUCCUGGGACGCAAAUCUGGUAAAGGCUUCUACGUGUACCAGCAGGGGAUGAAGGAAAGAUCCGUGAACUCUGCAGCAGAGGAGAUCCUGGAGAAAUUCAGGCUGCAGGCCAGACCCGACGUCUCCUCUGACGAGGACGUCCAGAUGCGUCUGAUCACGCGCUUUGUGAAUGAAGCCGUCCUAUGUCUGCAGGAAGGUAUCCUCAGUAAUCCGGUAGAGGGAGAUAUCGGGGCCGUCUUUGGACUUGGAUUCCCGCCAUGCCUUGGAGGUCCUUUCAGAUACACAGACGCUUUUGGGGCAAAUCGCAUCGUGGAGAAGAUGAGGAAGUACGAGAACGUGUACGGGAGCCACUUCACCCCCUGCCAGCUGCUGCUCGACCACGCCAAGGACCCCAGCAAGAAGUUCCACCACUGAACCUAGCCGCCCUUGCAGUGGCCCCAGCGUCUGAGCGCCUGGGAGACCGGUGAAUGUAUGGAGGAUGCAGCGGAGGAUUGUACCGUCUCAUGCGCCAUACGUGCCUUAGAUCCAAGUUGUCCCUCGGGCACCGCGUUCCUGCCAUGUCGACGCUUUUCUGAUGAAAGUAAUUGUUUUGCACUUAACGCUGAGAGACUUUCUAACUCUUAAUGUCCCCUGAGGAGACGGCGCCGCAGCAGCGCGUUCAUUCCAUGUCACGUGGAUGUCGUCAAUAAACCGUUUUCAGAGAUGGUG